UUUUCGUCUAUCAUCGAUUUGAUAUAUACUAGGUGUGUACGAUCGACCGGUUGUGGGAGGGUACAGUCUGAGCGAGUGUACAUAUAUAUACAUAUAUAUGUAUAAAAAUCCAGUAUAUACCGACAGUACAUGCGCUGGACAUCUUUGACCGAGAACAUCCAUCCCAUCGCGCCCGUAAAUACGUCAUUUCUCGACCGCGCGGAAAUGAGAAAGUCGGCCGGCGCGCACGCCAGACCAAGUAAAAUCCGGGCCAGCGCCAACCAGCGCCCGUUCGACAUUCACCCUGAUUUGAUCAUUUCCAUCAGUCUUUCUGUCUUUCUUUGCCCCAGGCCAAGGAUAAAACGGGCGGAGAGACGAUCAAUCCGAAGGGGGGGAGACGAUAAUAAUAAUCAAUCAAUCACAUUUCAUCACUGCGCAGUAGCGGAAUUGCCGGGCUGGACUGUUCAGUUCUGUAUACUGUGCUGUAUACACGCUCGCUCGCUCGCUCGCUCUCCACUCCUCCUUCCUCAUCAACAUCAACACACACACACACACACCUACCUAACCUACCCAGGUCUCCAGCUGCUACCAAACAUUCCGUUUUGGCGCGUUUCCAUCGCACUGCCGCCAACAAAAACAACAUACCUACGAUCCCACCACGACCACCAUCAAUAUCACCAUCGAUAUCACCAGAGUCCCACCGGUCACCAUCGUCAACAUCAUCUCUGCUUCUCUGCUUUGACCAUCCUGGUCAGAGAGGCGGCUGGCCCACGUCCGCCAACCAACCAACCAACUCACGCCCAUAUCCACCAAUAGAGCCGUGCCGUGCCGUGUCUCCAUCAUCGGUUUAUCACAAUUUUGGGGAAAUCCUGCUUGGUCUUGCUCUUCUUGCUGCCGUCCCAAACUCUUGCCUCACCAUCGUGUGCCAAAGACAUCAUCUCCAACCAGACCCGACGCCUGCAGCGUGGACAGUGUUAAUUCCGAUUCAUGACGACCUGUUUAUCAUCCCGACGAAUUUAAC